UCCAACUCUCAGUAUUUCUUCUGAACUACUCCUAGGUCUAAAGAUCAAGUGCUAAAUGAAAUGAUUCAUUAAUGUCCUGACCAAUAUGCAGUUCGCACUUCCUCCCCGGAAGAGCCCCAUCGCUCCUCCUUACGCCCGCUCGUCGGGAUUCUCGUUUCAGCGUCGCAAACAAAUCAAGGCGGUUGCGAUUCUCAGUGCUGCUCUCCUGGCUGUAUUCUUCUUCUUGUCACAACUAUUCUAUUCCAGCACAGGGACACCUGCAGCCCUGAUAGGAACAUCGGGGGUCGUUAUUGUAACCGUUCUCGAUCGUACACUCUACGCCAACGAUUAUCUACAAAAGAUUAUUCAGAACAGGGAGGACUAUGCUAGACGACAUGGUUACACAAAUUUCUUCGCAAAUCUAUCAGACUACGACUCCUACCUGGGUAAUGGCCCGCGGAGCUGGGCUAUCGUCCCCGCGGUCCGACAUGCGAUGGCCUCCCAUCCCUCGUCAAAGUACUUCUUUCACCUGGAUGCAAACGCUCUGUUCAUGAACCCGACCCUAUCACUAGAAGAGCAUCUCUUAGACAAACGACGACUUGAAUCCCUAAUGCGCAAGGACGUCCCCGUCGUACCCCCAGACAGCAUCAUCAAGACCUUCGCCCACCUCCGUCCCGACGAUAUCGAUCUAAUAAUCACCACUGACUCGGAAGACUUGAACCCUGGGAGCUUCGUGCUUCGGCAAGGCGACUUUGCCCGUUUCCUCCUUGAUACCUGGUUCGACCCGUUGUAUCGGAGCUAUAACUUUGCGAAAGCGGAAACUCAUUCUCUGGAUCACAUCGCUCAGUGGCAUCCAACGGUGUUGGCUCGAUUAGCACUUGUUCCCCAACGAAUCAUCAAUGCAUUUAGCAAAGAUUCCUCCGGCGCCGCAGUAGAUGGAACCUACAAGGAUGGUGACCUGGUUAUCCGGUUCUUUGGAUGUAAUACGGAUCCUAAGCGCAGCUGUGAACGAGAAUUGGAUGCCUAUUACAAUGUAUGGGCGAAGAGGUUGAAGAAGGAAUGAUUUAUACUACCCAAUAUGAAUCUUUAUUUGGCUUUACACCAUAAUCAGUCUGGGUUUGUGGAAGCGACGAUAUAGAAGGUAAUGUUCAUGUAUUUUUCUCUUUCUCUCUCUCUUUCCCCCACCCCUUUUUUUAGCCCGAUCGGCGUAAGGAGUUCAGGGAAGUUUCCUUUUUUUUUUUUUUUUUUCCCCCAUAGAGUGCUCUCCUAGGGACGGACCGGACCAAUUCCUAGGUAGUUAU